AUGGCGAUCUGCCCAGCAUCGCCCACGCCGCGCUGGAUCCUACCCGCACCGGGCAGGCGGACACUUUGGGAUGAAAAGUCUUCGACGGGGAUCCAUGGACUCGAACGUUGGACACUACCACCGCACUAUUCUCUGAACAGUUACGGGACACCGCACGCUACCGUCUACCUCCCCUCUACCUACGCAGGGACCCCCGAAAUCCCGGCCGAUUUGGAUUUUUCUCCCUCCCACGCUGCACUGGCUGAGAUGAGAGAAAGGUCCAACAUCCCGCGCUUCUCCCUCGGCCUGCCAAAGUCGCGGAAGCCGUUCCUGGGGCUGCCUUACCUGCACACACACCUCAGACGCGAACACAUCUGUCGCGGAGCUGCCCUCGACACAAUAACGGCUGCGCAGCGCAUCGUCAUCUCGCGGCACCUUGGGUUCAUGACAAGCUGCCCGCUACGUCUCGGCCGAGCAGUCAUUCCUCGCGUACUUGAAAGAAGACCGAGGCAGCAGAAGCAAGCACCAUCCCAGUUUCUCGCUGCCCUUCCGGAAUGGCUCUUCAGUCGAGAACAUUUUGGCCCCGUCAAGGUCCCAGCCAAAGCCAAGGCACGCAAGCAAGACAAGUGCGCAGAGAGAGAGGGAAAAGUCGGUACCGUCAUGUCAGCAGGGGACUUGUACCGUUACUUACCUCUCGACCCGAACGAGAGCAACCGGUCGACUAAGCCCUGUCAGUGUCUGAGCACCCUAUGGCGCCGAGACUGGGUCUACCCCCUGCUUCAACUUGUAUCCAAAUCCAUGUCGCCGUUCAUCCUCCUCUUCUCCUCCUUCUCCUCCACCACCGUGUACACCCCCAUGCACGUUAAGCUCGUUGGUUCCCCAGCAAGUUGCCAGGGUUCGGUCGAUAAGAAGGCUAUGCCGCCCAUAAGAGAACUACAGUACGCUAGGGCAAUUCAGAAAAAGAAUCAAAUAGACCUGCAGCUUUGCAAGAGAAUCCUAACCACUCCUUUCGAUCACACUUGCUCAUCUAAAUCGAAUACGACCUUGGUCACCAAGCCACCCUGCCCGGUUAUCGAAAUAACAUUCAGUUCACACGAGGAACACGGCUCACCGCACUACACUGCUUCGAAUAUCCAGCCUAGCAACAACUAUCACUUGUGGUUCACGUUCUGCAACGAUUCUUUCUUCUCAAGAGGACAGACCUGCAAUACGUCAAACUGUUGGAUCAUCCCUGGCCAUCACCUAGUGCCUGAGGUUCUCCUCGGCCACUCAUUGCCCGGGAUCGAAUCCAGAGUCAUGAGUGGCCCGUUCGGCCUGCACUCUUACCACGCCAUCAACACAUUUAAUCCUGACCAUCGGCACUGCCAACCUUCAGCCAGCUUUCCAACCUCUUCCACGGCCUUUUGCGGUCACCCAAGUACUUUGGAAGUCGUCAUUACGACCACCGACGCCAAUCUCGAUAGGCCUGCAUCUACCACAUCGUGCUUUAGCCAGCUCUUUGAUCAGAAGAUUGACUUGACUGGGCUGCUUCCGUUGCGGCCGUUGAACAAUCCCACCAAAGCCGACAAUCUGGCGAUCUCAGCGGUUGUCCGAUUCUCUGGACAUCACCAACCCCAACGUAGCCGCGAGGCUAAGGAGGGCGAAAACGCACAGACAACUUGUCUGCAUACAACUGACCGGUAUCCUGGACAAAACAACACACACACUACCAAGCAACCUUCUUCUCCCGGGCCAGAUUCGGACUAUUCCUCGGCUUCAAGUACUGGCCAGAACGGUCAAUGUUCGGGCCAAAACGGCCGGGAGAGUGAAGGGGAAAAGGUCUCGAUGUCACAGAGGGGGCUUGCACCUCACUCUACGACGCAAUCACCAUCUCGAGCUCCCUUUACUUCCCAGCAGAGUACUCUAUCUCGAGACAGUCAAGCGUUCCAAGAUGUUGUCACAACCCCUUCCGCAGCCGGCGAGAGACACUCCAAUGCUCCACGGUCCUUGGGCAUCAGAGGGUUGAUAAACCCGUCUGAAGCGCAACAGGAAAGCUCCACUGGCGAGUCAUCACAGCCUCGGCCAACUGACAGUCAGACCUCGCCAUAUGGCAUGCCUCCGGGGCAAUAUACCACAUCUAGUGAUCGCCAGUAUGCAUUCCAAGGUCGAGGACAUCCUAGUUCUCAGCCCGGUACUCCAGCUGGCCACCCGACAACCACGCCCUUGGGCCACACACCAUCGGAACACUCGCCCAAGAGUGGGUUUCCCUUCCCUCCCAUGGGUGCUCCAAGGCAGAUUCUCAGUCCUCGAGAAGUACGCGCAGCCAGCGUGAGCCAGACGGGUAUGCGAGGCCACGAACCACAACAAACUCCCUUUUUACCGCCCAACGCUUCGCGACUGAAGCGCCCUUACCCUGGCGAGGAGGGUCCCCAAGAGCCCGUUCGUUCAGCAUCCGGUCUACCCUUCUCUGGACCCCCUUCCCUAGGCCCUCCUUCAGCAGGAAUGGGUCCGCUCACAACGCCGCCGCGUUCCAUGUCCCAGCCCAUGGUUGGACACAUGCAGCCUGGCAACCCCGAACGGCCUCAACUGCCCCCUAUGGCACGAGAUCCUCAUGGUAGACCAACAGAGUUCCAUGGUCAACCAAUGCUACCUCCGGGUCAGAACUAUCCUCCACCACAGUCACCAGGCGUCCCUGUUUGGUCCACACCUGGUGCUGGAACGUCCUUAUACCAAAGUCUGCGGUCAGAUGUGACAAAGGCGGAGGGUGGCAUGGUAGUCAGGCUACCGGGAGACGAGGGAGGCAUUCUCAUACCCGUAGACGUACAUCAGGCGUCAAAGCAGGCAGACGAGAAACGCCAACGGAAUGCCGGGGCCUCGGCACGCUUCAGACAGAGGAAGAAGGAGAGAGACCAGGAACAGACUGCCAGUCUGCAAAAGUUGGAACAGCGUGGACGUGACCUGGAGGUGAGAGUGCGGGAGUUGACCCGGGAGAGGGACUUUUACCGGGACGAGCGCAACCGUCUCCGCGAUGUGGUUCUUCGAACGCCUCUCAGCGACAUGGCAAACGGACCUCCGAGCCCAACGUCGUCGAGAAGCGGAGGAUCUAUGGCGGAGACCAGCCCCAUGGUGCAAGCUCCGAUGCUGCCACAUCAGUCUCAGGGCUACGCAUCGAGCGAGGCGUCUUCAGUGGAACGACCGACGCGUAGACGCAGGACCGACUCGGCCCCACCUCCAGAGUUCUCGAUGCCUUCAUAUGGCACUCCGAUCCCCCAGGCUGGAAACCUGCCGCCCAUGCAGGCUCCGGCGUAUGGCAUGAUGCCGCAGAGACCCCCGUCUACGGCGCCGGGCGGAGAGCGACUACCACCUCUUCGGGGCAUGGAGGGCCCUUACGCUGGCCAGGAAUCGGGGCCAGGCGUGUCUGCCGCUGGUCCUUUGUAUCCCAGCUACACGCGUGUCCCUCAUGAGACGGGAUUCGCGAGCAGAUCUGCUGGACCGCCACCACCGGGUCACCACGGGCAUCACCAUCAUGUCCAUGAGGGUGGCCCGCGGUAA